AUGAAUUGCAUCCAGAACGGCAACUACGCACAGCUCUUUGAGCCCAACAAGGCCUGCUCUCCCUUUGGCGGCAUCGGCCACGUCUCGAACUGCACCGAACUCGCUCAAAACUGUUACCAGGGUUACGUUGCCAGUCGUCCCUACAACGCCACGGACGGUGCCAAGAACCAGGUGGUCUACAUUGGCAGUGUUGCCGACAACAUCGCCUUUGGAGACUGUGCUCGUCGCGUGCUGGGUCAAGGUGGCCAAUACGAGCGCGGCUUUAUCAGCAACAUUGACUGCCAGCUCACUACGGCCAACGCAACUAGUAAUGCUUCGACGAACGCGGCCGACACGCUCAAGCCUGGGGGCAAGCGAGGCUCCAUCGCGCUCGUCUACCUUGCGGCUCUGCUAGCAGUUUACUCGUUUUUGCCCGCCGCGGUGGCUGCGCCUGCACCUGCAUCUGCUCCCGCGUCGCUCCAUCCUGCACGACUCACCAAGGUCGGCCACGGUUCCUGGGGCAACAUCACCUACACUGAAAACAGCAACGCGGUCAAGCGCCAGUACGAUGUUUGCGUUUCCUGCGAUCUCCUCUUCUGGGAUGGCGAAGAUUGCAAGGGUAGUGCCUACCAGUUCACGGCGCUCGAAGAGCCGAUCGACGGCGAGUGCGGCUUUGAGCCAGGCGUGUUCACUUGCGGCGACCCUGCGCUUCAGGGCGGUCAGACGCUCUGGGUCAGCUCGGCUGCCCCCGGCACGACUGCUGAGUCGGUCAUUACCGUCGACCAGACCUGCCCACCGACUGGCCCAAGCGCACUUGCUUCAAUCAAGCCCCGCGGCGGCUGCGUCUACCUUGGACCUGUGUAUGGUAACGAGGGCUUGACUUGCUAUCCUGGCGGUGGCUCCCCUUACCGCAAGCGUCAGGGCUCUCAAUGCGGCGGCUUCAUCACCGAAAGUCAGUACGAGUCCCAGUCGACCGUGGCACGUGUGAGCGACAUUAUCGACUGCCGAACCAGCGUUACCGAUUGCACCAUCGCCAACAGCCAGACGUUCACCUCGACCAUCGAGAGCAGCUGGUCUACCACGGCGGGCGUCGACGCGUUUGGCUUCUCUGUCAGCGCCACGUUUGGUGAGUCCUACUCCGAGUCGGUCGCGACCGGGGUCACCGGGACCUAUACAAUCCGUGCCGGCAGCUCUGGCUACCUUGGUGCUUACGCUCCCAUGACCGUCUUCCAAGGCCGCUUCACCGACUGCGAUGAUGGAUCCGAAGAGCCAGGCCAGGUGUACGCCAUCCAGACAGGCACGAUCGCAUACCGCGUCAUCAACACCAACUGA